AAUAAAACUACCCUGUCGACGAGCUCGUAGCUUGAGGCUGCUACGUCCGGUGGACCUGGUUGUUGAUUGCUCGAGGCUCGACUCGGCUUGAUGGUAAUCAUUGCCACGUGCUGUUGCCGACUUCUAUAAACUGUAAACCGCUUCACUGUUACAGUGUAACAAAGAGACAAUCAACUUGUCUUGUUUUAAAUAAAAGUCAACUACCCUCCCCACAUCGAUCUCUUCCGACCCUCUCGCGUCGCCUCACCUACACACUAUUUUGUUCAUCUGAGCAUUAAUAACCACUACCUACACGCCAUGUUGAAGGGAUUCGGGAAAUUGACCAAAAAAGCUUCAACGGCAACCUUGUCUGCUGGAUGCUCCGACGAGCCUCCGCGCUCGACUACUCCGACCCCGGGCAAUCCUUCAGGAAAACCCACUUCACGCACUGGUCUGCUCAGCAUACGCGUUCUAUGGGCUGAAGACCUGUCUCUUCCUGUAGGCACCACGGUCCCAUCUGCUGUCCAAGCAGCGCUGUCCACCCAACAGGCCAAACUCGCCGCAUCUGUAUCUCCCUCGAGCGUAACACAAAGGCGACUCGCGAAGCGCCAUGGCGCCAAAGACAGUAUCCAGCGUACACAAUGCUGGUGGCUACCCUACUUGGUAAUGGAGUUCGAAGUCAAUCAAGUCCUAAUUACCCCAUUGGGUGGUGAUCUCGAGAAACCAUUGUAUAUGUACCAGGCGCAGUUCGACGUGUCGCGCAACUCGGAAAUUUCAAUACAAUGCUACUUGCGAACCGAACAGCCCAAAGUCGGAAGUGAUGGGUUGGCGGAUGAUAUGGGCAAUGAUGUGUUCAUGGGUGGAAUCAAGUUCACGCCGGACUUUGACAAUAUUGGCGUUGUGGGCCAAGAUCAGUGGCACGAUGUGACGGGUGGUAAAGGAAAGAUUCAGAUUGGUGUGGCAUACCAGCCUAGCUCUGGCCAAUCUCUAUCGAUCGACGAAUUUGAGCUCAUCACUGUCAUUGGCAAAGGCAGCUUUGGCAAGGUGAUGCAAGUCAGGAAGCGCGAUACCAUGCGGAUAUAUGCCCUCAAGACUAUCCGCAAAGCUCAUAUAGUCGAUCGAAAAGAAAUCACGCACACAUUGGCAGAGCGGCUGGUGCUCGCGCGUGUUAACAACCCUUUUAUCGUGCCUCUCAAGUUCAGUUUCCAAUCCGAGCAGAAGCUGUACUUGGUACUUGCCUUUGUCAAUGGAGGAGAACUUUUCCACCACUUGCAACGUGAACAACGAUUUAACGAGGAGCGAUCACGAUUCUACAGUGCUGAGCUAUUGUUGGCUCUGGAACAUUUGCAUGAACUCGACGUCGUCUACCGCGAUUUGAAGCCGGAAAACAUCCUUCUGGAUUAUACCGGACACAUCGCGCUAUGCGACUUCGGGUUAUGUAAGUUGAAUAUGAAGGACUCGGACACGACGAAUACAUUCUGUGGCACACCGGAAUAUCUUGCACCGGAGAUUCUGAAUGGUCAAGGAUAUAACAAGUCAAUUGAUUGGUGGACUCUUGGUGUGCUUCUGUACGAGAUGCUCUCCGGUCUCCCACCCUUCUAUGAUGAGGUCACGGACAAGAUGUACCAGAAGAUCCUCACCGAUCCGCUCACCUUCGGCCCUGACAUUGGCACAGAAGCUCGAAGCAUUCUGACUAGUCUUCUCAACAGAGAUCCCUCGAAACGACUUGGAGUGAACGGCGCUGAAGAGAUCAAGAAACACCCAUUCUUUGUGAACCACAUUGACUUCAAGAAGCUUCUGCAGAAAAAGAUCCAACCGCCGUUUAAGCCCAGUGUGUCAAGUCCUGUGGAUGUUUCUAACUUUGACACUGUCUUCACGGCCGAGGCACCAGUCGACAGUUAUGUUGAUGGUUCCCACCUCUCAUCCACUGUCCAAGCUCAGUUCGCUGGAUUCUCGUAUAAUGGGUCCAACAUGCCUAUCGGUUGAUAGGUCAUCUCAAAUUCUCUCAUUUGGUGGAUAUCUUACCUUGCACUUCGGACUGGAAUCAUGUAUUUGUUGUCGCCUCGCACGUACAUUCUGUAGUCACUGCUCAAUCAGCGUAUUUUGGAUAUUACUUAGUUCUGGACACUUUUUCUUGAUAAUAGGGGAUGACGACAGGGGUUAUUGUCCAAAUUGUGUCAUUGGUGCUUAGUCAAAUAACAGCAUCACGCGUGACCGUCG